AUGCGAUGCGCGAGCAAGGCCGCCGAGAGCGGUCCGCACGUCUCUGUGCGGACGCCGAAGCAGAAACUCUCAGCAACUGAUGCCUCAUCGGUUGCUGAAGCGACCCCAGCCUUGUCACGCCGUGAUGCAGCCGCUGGUCAUGAAAGGACACUCAUGUCUUCACUGAGUACGAGCUCGGUGUCUCAUGCUCUCCUGAUACGGAAGACGGAUCCAUCGACGGCGAUUGAAUCAAGCCGCCUGCCGAAGCGUGGCAUGGAUGAUGCUUUGCGUCGCAUCAUCUUUGGUUCAUCUGAUGAAUCCAGAUGA